AUGGUUCAUUUCUCUCAACUCGUGGUGGUGCUCACAGCCGUCCACUUAGCAAUAGCUGCUCCUACGGAGCAGACUGAGGCGUCUGUUCAGAAGCGCGGUCCUCAUAACUUUGUUAUGGGCCCUGACCAUCCUUUGAUGAUGGCCCGUCGCAAUGAGUCGUUAUCCCGUCGGGCCACAAACUAUGUUCAGGACUAUACUACUGGGGAAACAGUAUAUUUUGCCCCAGAGAGUGGCGAGUUCUACGUGUCCUGGGAUACUACUGAUGACUUUGUUGUCGGUGUUGGCUGGAAUCCGGGAAGCACUGAGCCUAUUACCCACGCUGGCAGCUUUGAUGUCACAUCUGGACUUGCAAGUCUUUCUGUGUACGGCUGGACGACCGAUCCUCUUGUUGAGUACUACAUCAUUGAUGAGUAUGUGAACAUGGAGCAGGCUGGUACACAGAAAGGCACGGUGUACAGCGACGGUGCCACGUACACCAUCUGGGAGAACGAGCGUGUCAACGAGCCAUCGAUCGAAGGCACUUCGACUUUCAACCAGUACAUCUCAAUCCGCGAAUCAAAUCGUGUCAGCGGGACCAUUACGGUAGAAAACCAUUUCAAGGCUUGGGCGAAUGUGGGUUUGGAACUGGGCACUUUGGAUUUCCAGGUAAUUGCUGUCGAGAGCUGGGAUGGCAGUGGUACCGCCGAUCAGACUGUCGCGCAGUAG